AUGAGCGGUGAUAGAUACUACACCUUAGCCGAAGGCUGCCCCUUUGCAAAUAACAGCACCGCUGUUUUGAUGCAAGGUAGACAGGGCGGUAGUCUCGGGCUACUUCAGGAUACUCAGCUAAUCGAGACAUUGGCCCAUUUCUCCCGCGAGAGAAUCCCUGAACGAUGCUAUGGGGAGUUUGAAGCUACCCGCGAUUGCUCCGACUUCACAUGUGCCAGUUUCCUCAGUAAAGCUGGAAAGCGAACCCCAGUACUUCAGCGCGUGUCAACUGUCGGGUUCGAAUCUGGAUCUGCCGACACUUCUCGUGACGUACACGGAUGGGCAAUGAAGCUCUACACUGAUGAAGGAAACCUUGACUGGGUGUUCAACAACACACCGGUUUUUUUUAUUCGCGAUCCUCUCAAGUUCCCGUCUAUGAAUCGAUCCCACAAACGACACCCACAGACCCAUUUACCGGAUGUGAACAUGCUUCUUACAAAAUACAGUUAUCACGUUGGAAACCCAGAGGGCAUUCAUCAACUUCUGAUUUUAUUCAGCGACCGCGGCACACCAAAGUCGGUUCGUCACAUGAGUUCGCACAGCGGCCACACAUACAAGUUCACAAAAGAGGACGGAUCCUUCAAGUAUGCCAAGAUUCAUGUGAAGACGCAGCAAGGAAUCAAAAACUUUACUCGCGAGGAGGCAAUGAGGAUUGCUGGGGAGAACCCUGAUUACAUGAUCCAAGAUAUGUUUGAGUCUAUCGAGAAAGGGGACUUUCCAGUUUGGAAUGUGUAUGUUCAGCUGAUGAGCCCCGAGGAAGCCGAGAGAUACGGUGUGAAUAUCUUCGACAUGACCAAAGUGUGGCCGCACAAGGAUGUUCCUUUACAGCAGAUCGGACGCCUGACUAUGAACCGCAAUCCUCAAAACUACUUCACAGAUAUCGAGCAAGCUGCGUUUUCACCAUCGACAAUGGUACCGGGAUUCGCAGCCUCGGCGGAUCCAGUCUUGCAAGCGCGGCUUUUUGCAUACCCCGAUGCGGCCCGUUAUCGACUCGGUGUGAAUUACCAGCAGCUCCCGACAAACAGAGCAAAAUCACAAGUCUACUCGCCUUUUGAGAGAGAUGGGAAGAUGCGGUUCGACGAUAACUAUGGUGGAGAUCCCAACUACGUUGGAUCAUGGAUAAAGCCGACAAAAUUCUACCAGGAUGUGAAAAACACGAGUCCAGAAGCCCUGAGCCUACACACAGAUCACGAAAAAUGGGUGGGCGAGGUUGUAGCCCACACUAGUCAGAUCACUGACGCUGAUUUUGUUCAGCCGGCGGCUUUAUGGGAGAUUAUAGGUCGUGAACCCGGCCAUCAGGAUAGAGUGGUGGAGAACCUCGUCGACAAUGUCAAGGGUGUGAAGUAUCCUGAAUUACGACAAGCUGUUUAUGGUAAGCGAAUUGCCGUCAUGCUGAUAGACCUGUUUACCCGCGUCGACAAGGAUUUAGGGUGUAGUCUGCAACGAAAUACUGAGGCGGUGCUUAAAGCCGCGAGAGGCUGA